AUGGGAGAUUAUCACUUCAUAUACAAAGAUCUAGAUGGAGCUUCCACUCAAUGGGACGAUAUUCAAGCCAAACUCGGCAAUCUUCCUCCAAAGCCACCCGCUUUUAAACCCCCUUCUUUCACCCCUGCAUCCGAUCCCGAUUCCAUUCCCAAAGAUAAAUCAUGGAUCGAUUCCAAAACCCACGAUGAACUUGAAGAACUCGAAGAUGAUCUCGACGACGAUCGUUUCCUCCAAGAGUACAGGAAGAAGAGGUUAGCUGAGAUACAAGAGGCAGCUAAAGUUUUGAGGUUUGGGUCAGUGACUCCUAUUUCAGGAUCUGAUUUCGUUCGAGAGGUUUCACAAGCUCCAUCUGAUGUUUGGGUGGUUGUCAUUCUUUACAAAGACGGGAUUGCCGAAUGUGGGGUGUUGAUGCAAUGCAUUGAAGAAUUGGCUACAAUGUAUCCUGCAACAAAAUUUGUGAAGAUAAUAUCCACUGAUUGCAUUCCCAACUACCCAGAUUGUAAUCUUCCCACUUUGUUGGUAUACAACAGCGGAGCUGUUAAAGGAAAUUAUGUUGGUAUGAGUAGUUUUGGGCGAAGAUGCACUCCCGAAGGCGUUGCAUUGGUCCUUUGCCAAUCAGAUCCUGUACUUAAUGAUGGCCAGAGCAAAGAUGAAGAAUCAAGACAGGCGGUCAUUGAUGGUGUUCGCAAGAGGUUUAUAGAGAAAGUUGUCGCCGAUCACGAAGAGAAAGACGAUGAUUCCUCAAGUGAUUAG